CUUAGCAACCGAGUGGCGGCGCUUGGUUCCUCAGCAACCGGGCGACGCGUCUGCUACGUGGGACCAGCCGGUUAGCCCACGCUUAAGCAGGUACAGUUGACCACAGGUGGUUAUCGCCCAGGGGAAUUCUGGACCUGCUUCCGGGCAAGGAAGCUCCUCUGCUGACAGUUGUGUAAGGCUCUCUGCUGCUUUCCCUGCCUCCCACCUCUGAUCGUGGCCACCAACGCUGUCAGCAGGCACGUGACUGGAGGCACAGGAGGCGGUGGGAGAUGAACCGGCUGUAUAACUCCAUGGAGCCAAGGGUGAUGGACGACGACAUGCUCAAGCUGGCCGUGGGCGAGCAGGGCCCCCAGGAGGAGGCCGGGCGGCUGGCCAAGCAGGAGGGCGUCCUCUUCAAGGACGUCCUGUCACUGCGGCUGGACUUCCAGAACAUCCUCUGCAUAGACAACCUCUGGCAGUUUGAGAACCUGAGGAAGCUGCAGCUGGACAAUAACAUCAUUGAGAGGAUCCAGGGCCUGGAGAACCUCACGCAGCUGGUCUGGCUGGAUCUGUCCUUCAACAACAUCGAGGCCAUCGAGGGGCUGGACACACUGGUGAACCUGGAAGACCUGAGCUUGUCCAACAACCGGAUCUCCAAGAUCGACUCCCUGGACGCCCUGGUCAAGCUGCAGGUGCUGUCGCUGGGCAACAACCAGAUUGGGAACAUGAUGAACAUCAUCUACCUGCGGAGGUUCAAGUGCCUGCGGACACUCAGCCUCUCUGGGAACCCCAUGGCCGAGGCGGAGGACUACAAAAUGUUCAUCUGCGCCUACCUUCCCGACCUCGUCUACCUGGACUUCCGGCGCAUCGACGACCACGUGAAAGAGCUCGCGGAGACGAAGCACCAGUACAGCAUCGACGAGCUGCGGCACCGGGAGACCCUGAUGCAGGCCAGGCUGGAGGAGGAGCAGGCACGGCAGGAGGAGCUGGAAGAGCACAAGGCUGCCUUCGUGGAGCACCUGAACGGCUCCUUCCUGUUCGACAGCAUGUACGCGGAGGACACGGAGGGCAACAAGCUGUCCUCCCUGCCCGGCGUCAGCGAGCUCCUCGAGAAAGAGCUGGGUGUGGUGACACAUGACCGUAGCCCCGACCUGGAGGACUGCGACAGGGAGAGGCACCAUCUCAGAGCAGAGGCCCACAGGCUCGCCGUUGCGGUGCCCCCUGCUGUCGGUGUCACUGUAAUGACGGUCUCCAAUUUAAGCACCAUUCGGGAAGAGUCUGAGGUGCCCAGCAUCGAGAAGAAGAUCACGGAGUGCGGCGAGGACGUGGCCGAGCUGUUCAACGUGCUCAUGACGCUGGAGAUGCAGCUGGUGGAGCAGCUGGAGGAGACUAUAAACAUGUUCGAAAGGAACAUCAUCGACUUGGUGGGACUCUUCGUCGAAAACGUCCAGAGCCUCAUGGCUCAGUGCCGGGACCUGGAGAACCACCACCACGAGAAACUCCUGGAGAUCUCCAUCAACACCCUCGAGAAGAUCGUUAAGGGCGAGCUGGACGAGGACCUGCCUGACGACGUGCGCGCGCUCUUCGUCGACAAAGACACGAUUGUCAAUGCUGUUGGGGCGUCACACGACAUCCACCUCCUGAAGAUCGACAACCGAGAGGACGAGCUGGUGACCAGGGUCAACUCCUGGUGUACACACCUGGUAGACAAGAUCCACACGGAUGAGAUCAUGAGGAACCGCAAGCGCGUGAAAGAGAUCAAUCAAUACAUCGACCACACGCAGGGCGAGCUGGACAACCUGGAAUGCGGCGAUAUGAUAGAUUAGGGCGGCUCGGCAGGGUCCUCUCGGAGCCCAGCACGGCCGCCCCGCCCGGACGAGGAAGGCGCCUGCCACCCGCCGCCCGCCGCCCCGCCCGCCGCAGGAGAAGCUUGCGGGGAGCUUCACCCCACCCCAGGAGACUUCCAAAGGGAGAGAAGAAU